GUCAGAGCCGUGUGGUUAUAGUUCUAGUUUCGGUUUCUUUUAAAAUGUAUUGUAUACCAUAAAACAAUAACUAAUAUGCACGUGAUGUUAGUGUGAAACAAAAUACGAAUUUCGUUCAAACGUUACAGAAAUAGUAGUUUUUGCUCUAAAAGCCUAUGUACGGGCGGCACAUGGUGCAUGUGUAAACAAAGCGAUACCAAGUAAACAGAUGUAUGAUCUAGAAUACGAAUCAUGAUAUAAUUUAUCAUAUUAUUAUGCAAUGCUUUUGCACUACUUUUAAAUAAGAGAAGGAGUUUUAGCCAAAAUUAAUUACACCACGUAAAGUGCUUGAAAUGCCUUACAUAGUGAUUUCAACUCAAAUAAGAGUGGAAAAUGGUCCUACAAUUGUUGGAGAUGAACAGUCUAAUCCAGAACUGAUGCAAUUUUUGGGAGCGGAGUUAGUGAAACAAUUAGGAAAUGAUUUCAAAGAGUACAGAUCAAAGGAUCCUCCAAGAAUUGUGCUUGAUAAACUGGAAUUGAAAGGAUAUAAAGUUAUUGCAAUGGCUGGUAUUGGACAAACUUGUAUUUGGACUUUGAAUAAGCCACCAGAUUCUUUUUCAUGAUAAUAUUUUCUUCUUCUUCUUUUUUUUUUAAUUAAACUGCCUUUUGGCAACCCACAUGUUUUCUUUUGGUUUACCCAUGGCCCCAUUUAAUUCUUAUAGGCUGUGACAAUCGCUGAGACUCGUGGCAACAAAGAGGGCACUACUGGGAACCCCUGUUUCCAUUGAUUGGUGUAUGCACAGGGGUUCCCUGUGGUACCCUUGUAAUCAAAAUGGGUGACGUCCAAUCAAUCAGGAUGAUUAUUUUUUCCUGAGUAAUCUAGUUUGAAAAUUAGAAUGAAUUGCUUUUUGCAUUAACCAUCUCUUUUAAGCUUUUUUAUUAUUCAUGUGCAAAGCUAAAAGAUGUGUCAAAAUCAUUCCUAUUAAUUUGUAUUAAAGUUUCAAUAUUUUGUAUUUUAUACAUAAGUUACUUGUUUGUAUUACUUAUCUGGAAAAUGAGGUAUUUUUUAAUAGUAUUAUUAUUAAACUUUGCUUUCACAGCUCGAAAUAUUGCUUAUAAAGUAAUAAAUUAAAGCUGUGUAUUAGAUUAUCUCAUAAAAGCAUUUAUUAGAGUUUAUUAUGCAAUGAAUAUACAGUCGAGCCCGCUUAUAAUGAAGCCUUAUUGUGAAUUUCUGGCUAUAAAUGUUAUAGCUUCAGUUCCCCUUCGAAUUUUUAAGUGUAUUAUUGAACUUUUUGAUAACGAAAUUUUUAUUUGGUCACUACAACUAGAAAU